CCCUCUAGGACUUACCCAGCAGGCCUCGCUUCGUUCUCGGGUCACCAUGGCGGGCAGGUCGGCUGUUUCAGCCUCUGGAUGGUGGCUGGAUGGUGUUCGAAAAUGGUAUUACAGUGCUGCAGGAUUCAACAAACUGGGGUUAAUGCGAGAUGAUACCAUACAAGAGACUGAAGAUGUAAAAGAAGCCAUAAGAAGGCUUCCUGAGAAACUUUAUAAUGACAGGAUGUUUCGGAUCAAGAGAGCUCUGGACCUGAACAUGAGGCAGCAGAUCUUGCCUAAGGAGCAGUGGACAAAAUAUGAAGAGGAUAAAUUCUACCUUGAACCAUACCUGAAGGAGGUUAUUCGGGAAAAAAAAGAGAGAGAAGAAUGGGAAAACAAGUAAUCACGAAGUUGGAACCUGUGAAUGCAGUUGUGCUCAGAGAAUCUAUGAAGUAAAUUAAAUCUGAAACAUACAAUUUAAGAAUAUUUAAAUAAAUAUAAUCAUCGAUGGAA